GGCCAUCUUCAGGAUUUUCAGUCGACAGACUCGUCCUGAAAACAGUCGAAUUUUCAGCACCAUUCAAUUCGUUUUCGAAAUGAUCGAAAUCAUUCACGGAUCGGCAGUUCUUACUUGAAAUUAGUGCUAUAAAGUUGGUGGGACAUUUUAGUUUCAUCCAGAAUUUUCCGAACGCAGAGUUGAGACAUAAACAAGAUGUCAUCAGUAAAAGUAGCUGUGAGAGUGAGACCCUUCAACAAUAGGGAAAUUACAAGAGAAUGCAAAUGUAUCAUACAAAUGAGUGGAAAUACCACAGCCAUCACGAAUCCAAAAGGUGAACCAAACUCUAAAGAUGCUCAAAAAAGUUUUAAUUUUGACUACUCCUAUUGGUCACACGAUGAAUCCGACCCAUGCUUUUCUUCACAAUUACUAGUAUACAAAGACAUAGGCGAGGAGAUGUUACAGCAUUCUUUCGAUGGCUACAAUGUCUGUAUAUUUGCCUAUGGGCAAACUGGUGCUGGUAAAUCUUACACUAUGAUGGGAAAACAGGAAGAAGCGCAAGAAGGAAUAAUUCCUCAAAUAUGCCAAGAUUUAUUUACCAAGAUACGAAAUAAUAGUUCACCUGAUAUCAAAUAUUCGGUAGAAGUCAGCUAUAUGGAAAUAUACUGCGAACGGGUGAGAGAUCUCCUGAAUCCGAAAAAUAAGGGCAACCUGCGGGUGCGGGAACAUCCGUUGUUGGGCCCGUACGUCGAAGACCUCAGUAAGUUGGCCGUGAUGAGCUACCAGGACAUCCACGACCUCAUCGACGAGGGCAACAAAGCGAGGACUGUCGCUGCCACCAACAUGAACGAAACAAGUUCAAGAUCGCACGCUGUUUUCACAAUAUUUUUCACGCAGCAGAGAAAUGAUGAAACAACAGGACUGACAACUGAGAAGGUGUCAAAAAUCUCCCUAGUGGAUUUGGCAGGAUCUGAGAGAGCAGAUUCAACAGGGGCGAAAGGUACAAGGUUGAAGGAGGGUGCGAACAUCAACAAGAGUCUCACUACUCUUGGAAAAGUGAUAUCAGCUUUAGCAGAAAUAGCAACCAAAAAUAAGAAAUCAAAGAAGGCUGACUUUAUUCCAUACAGAGAUUCUGUUCUGACAUGGCUGCUCAGAGAAAAUUUAGGUGGUAAUAGUAAAACUGCUAUGAUAGCUGCCAUAUCACCUGCUGAUAUAAAUUAUGAUGAAACUUUAUCUACUCUCAGAUAUGCUGAUAGAGCCAAACAAAUUGUGUGUAAAGCAAUUGUUAACGAAGAUGCUAAUGCUAAGCUCAUCAGAGAACUCAAAGAAGAAAUACAGAAACUUAGGGAGUUAUUGAAACAGGAGGGAAUUGAAGUGCAUGAAGGCCCUGAUGGUAAAGUAAUUUAUGAGAAAAAGGAGCCAUCUAGAGUUGAAGGAAAUAUCAUACCAAGAAACAACAAAGAGGUUGAAAGAUCGAGGUCCCAGUCAACAACACUUGCUGAGGAAGCUGUUGAUCAGUUACAAGCCAGUGAAAAACUCAUAGCAGAACUGAAUGAAACGUGGGAAGAAAAAUUGAAGAAAACAGAAGCGAUACGAAUACAAAGGGAAGCAGUUUUCGCUGAAAUGGGAGUAGCUGUUAAAGAAGAUGGUGAUACAGUGGGUGUUUUCUCUCCUAAAUGCACCCCUCAUCUAGUCAACCUCAAUGAAGACCCAUUUAUGUCGGAAUGUUUGAUCUACUAUAUCAAGGAAGGGUUAACAAGAAUUGGCACAGAUCAAGCCAAUAUUCCACAAGAUAUAGUGCUUUGUGGAUCACAUAUUAAAUCAGAACACUGCGUUUUCGAGAAUAAGGACAAUCGAGUAACAUUAGUACCAUUAAAUGGAGCACUCAUAUAUGUUAAUGGUAGAGAGAUCACAGAACCAAUCCAGCUGAAAACAGCUUCAAGAGUGAUACUCGGUAAAAACCACGUAUUCAGAUUCACUCAUCCAGAAGAAGUUAGGGAAUUGAAAGAGAAAAAUAUGAUGACUUCCGAAACCGAGAAUGUAGACUGGAAUUUCGCACAAAUCGAAUUAUUAGAAAAACAAGGGGUUGAUCUCAAAGCCGAGAUGAAGAAAAAAUUGGUGCUACUCGAGGAACAAUAUCGCAAGGAGAAAGAAACUGCUGAUCAGUUGUUCGAAGAGCAGAGAAAGAACUAUGAAGCUAGAAUAGAUGCUCUUCAAAAGCAAGUUGAGGAACAAAGUAUGACUAUGUCAAUGUAUAGUUCUUACACACCAGAAGAUUUCAAUAAUGAAGAUGAUAUAUUUGAGUGCAACUGGACAGAGAAAGACUUUGAACUCGCCGCGCACGCAUGGAGGAAGUGGAAGCACCAUCAGUUCACUUCUCUUCGAGACGACCUCUGGGGCAAUGCCAUUUUCCUCAAGGAAGCCAAUGCCAUAUCCGUCGAACUGAAGAAAAAAGUUCAGUUCCAAUUCACAUUGCUCACUGAUACUCUUUACUCACCGCUACCAGCCGAUCUCAGACCUGCUAUUGACUAUGAUCAAGAUGAUGACGUAACAAUACCGAGAACUAUUGUUGCAGUUGAAGUGCAAGAUAUAAAAAAUGGUGCUACACACUAUUGGUCAUUGGACAAAUUACGGCAACGAUUGGAGCUCAUGAGAGAAAUGUACCAUAAUGAGGCUGAAAUGUCGCCGACCUCUCCAGAUUACAACGUAGAAUCUCUGACGGGAGGCGAUCCAUUUUAUGACAGGUUUCCUUGGUUCCGAAUGGUAGGAAGAGGGUUCGUCUACCUCAGCAACUUGCUAUAUCCCAUCACUCUCAUUCAUAAAGUUGCCAUCGUUAGUGAGAAGGGUGAUGUUAGAGGAUAUUUGAAAGUUGCCGUGCAAGCUGUUAUGGAUGAGGAUAACGCUGAUCAAGUGGGAGUGCGUCAGAGUGCAAGAAUUGCCUUCGAAUCAACUCCCAAAAAUAUUAUGGAUCGAAAUAUUCGUAACAUGGAAGAGAGAAUAGUCGAAGGCCAGAACUUAAUUGACCCAAUUAAACUGGACGAACUCAUCGAGUGCGAUGCUGAUUCGGGAAGAGGGGAUAGCUCUGUUUCUUCAGAUUUGAAAGAAGAAGAAAUAGCCGAGCAUCUCGCCAUAGGACGUGAGUUCACCUUCAGAGUAACUGUAUUGCAAGCUGUUGGAAUUUCAACCGAAUAUGCCGACGUAUUCUGCCAGUUCAAUUUCCUUCAUAGGCAUGAUGAAGCCUUUUCAACUGAACCCGUCAAGAAUACUGGAAAGGGAACUCCCCUUGGAUUCUACCAUGUUCAAAAUAUCACCGUCACCACCACGAAAUCCUUCAUCGAAUACAUCAAGACCCAACCAAUCGUCUUCGAAGUGUUCGGCCACUACCAGCAGCAUCCCUUGCACAAGGACGCGAAGCUGGAGGGCGGCCUCCGACAGCCGCCCAGACGCAUGCUGCCCCCGUCGAUCCCCAUCUCGCUGCCCGUGCGGUCGAGUAAGUUCGGGGCGCUUCCCUCGCCCUGCACGGCUCACAUCCAUGCCAAGGUGGACGUGCUGGUGUGGUUCGAGAUUUGCGAAUUGGCGCCCAACGGGGAGUACGUGCCUGCCGUGGUGGAGCACAGCGACGAGUUUCCUUGCCGAGGGCUGUUUCUGCUGCAUCAGGGUAUUCAACGUCGUAUUCGUAUCACCAUCGUUCAUGACCCAGCAGCUGAAAUGAAAUGGCGAGAUGUUAGAGAACUUGUUGUCGGCAGAAUCAGAAACACUCCAGAAUCUGAAGAAGAUGAAGAUAACGAUAACUCUGUAUUAUCCCUUGGACUUUUCCCUGGAGAGUAUCUAGAAAUUCCUGGAGACGAUAGAGUCAUGUUCAGAUUUGAGGCAGCUUGGGACAGUUCUCUACACAAUUCAACACUUCUGAACAGGGUUACAUCACAAGGAGAGCAAAUAUUCAUGACUAUUUCAGCUUAUCUGGAGUUGGAAAACUGUGGUCGGCCAGCUAUAAUCACGAAAGACCUGAGCAUGGUGAUAUAUGGCAGAGAUGCACGCACAGGCCCACGAUCUCUGAAACACUUGUUCUCAGGAAGUUACCGUAACCAAGAGGCGAACCGCCUGUCAGGAGUGUAUGAGUUGCUGUUGCGUCGUGCUAGCGAAGCAGGUAGUCCAGGUGUUCAAAGGCGACAGCGACGUGUCUUGGACACAAGUUCGACUUACGUUCGGGGAGAGGAAAACCUACACGGUUGGAGACCAAGAGGCGAUUCUCUCAUAUUCGAUCAUCAGUGGGAGCUAGAAAAGUUAACUCGUUUGGAGGAGGUUGAGAGAGUCAGGCAUACUCUACUGCUCAGAGAUCGUCUUGGCCUAGAUAGAGCCCUCAAUUACAAUAAGUAUCGCCUCGAAUAUACCAAGACAGAAAAAGAUGUGUGCAAUAUGGUUGCCAAGAACAAUAACAUCAAUGUCAUAGCGAACAAUGAUGCAUUCGAAUACACCGAACACGAAACGGACCUCCUCCUCAAAUGCGUCCGCCUGAUCCAAGGCAGACACCGAGACUUCCCGACCAACAACAAGGACGCCGAUAUCGUCGCCAGCCCCUCGGAAGAGGUGACCGAAAUGAGCGCGAGCAUGUUGUCGAGCAUCAUGUCGACCAACUCCAUCGAGCUGUGCUCGCCCGAGCGGGCCCCCAUGCACGGCGAGUGCGCCCCCUUUCCGCCGGGUCCCAGUCCGCUGCCGGGGCCGAGGGACCCCGAGCUGGUGCUCUACGUGCCCGAUAUGGAGGAGAUCAGGAUCUCGCCGGUGGUUGCCAGGAAGGGGUAUCUGAAUGUGUUGGAGCAUAAGACGCACGGAUGGAAGAAACGAUGGGUGGCCGUACGUCGUCCUUACGUAUUCAUAUUUCGCGAUGAGAAAGACCCGGUCGAGCGAGCUCUCAUUAAUCUAGCAACUGCUCAAGUAGAAUACUCGGAGGAUCAGUUGUCCGCUGUCCGAGUCCCCAACACGUUUAGCGUAGUGAGUAAGCAUAGAGGUUAUUUGUUACAAACGCUGCAGGAAAAAGAAGUGCACGACUGGCUGUACGCCAUCAAUCCGCUAUUAGCCGGGCAAAUAAGGUCCAAAUCGGCUAGACGAAACUUGCAAACCGCUAACGAAUAUAAAGAGAUAACUGUUGAUUUGAAAUGAGACUUAAUUAUUAUGGAAUCCGUGCUGGUUUAUUGAUAACAUCAGUAUGUACCUACUUGUGAUCCAAUUUAAAAUUGACAGUGGGUCAUACCGUCAAUGGUUUAAGUGUCUGCAUACAAUGUCAUUUUCACAUCAAGAUUAGAAAAACAUCAAUAAUCAUUAUAAUCAAUAGUGUAGUUCCGAUAAAAUCGAAAAAUUAUUAUGGACUCCGAAAUUUGCUUAUUAUCUUGACGUUUCACAGGCGGAUUCCAUACCUUAUGUGUUAUUGUAUGUAAUAUAAAAGAAUUUGAAUUCUAGUCAUUUUAGCAUGUAAUUAUUUAUUUAUAAUUUAUUAUUAUUAUUUUGGAAGAUUAAGAAUGUGGAUAGGAACUAAAUAAAUAAAUGAUAGUAUAAAUUGAAGAAUUGUGGAUAUGAGAGAGACUUAACUUUGUUAAAACCAUAAAAUCUAAUAUUAUCUAUACAUAAUUUUUGGGAUCGAUCUCAAUGUUUUUAGAAGAAGUUGAAGAAGCUUAAUAUUAUAUACCUACUAUAGAUUUAAAGUGUAUUGAAAAAUAAAUGUACCAAUUCAAUAUUUAACUACCAUGUUUGAAGUUUAUCUCAUAAGGCCUCAUUUUCUAAAGUGCAAUAUUGAUUAUGAAUAUAUGGAUUUGAACACGUUUUCUUAAUUACUGAGCACUGUAAGUGUUGAUGUACAGGGUGUUACCUUCAAUCUUCCUAUUACCUAUUUCAUUUGAUUUUGAUCCAACUGACACAUGUCAUUUUUUCAGUGAAAAGUCUGAUUAACAAUGAUAUUUUCUAACAGUCUGUUCUAAGAUCCUUUAUUUCGUUUACUUAAUUAGUUAAAUGAACAUUUUUGAUAAAAUGAGUUCUAAAGAAGUGUGACUACUCGAAUAUUUUGUACAAUAAUUUUGUCAUGAAAUAACUAAUCUUCAUUGAGUGAGCAGGCUAAUGUAAUGUUUUUCAUUUUCAGCAGAAAUUUUUCCCGAGGAAACAUCAAUUUAUAAAAAACACAAAUAUUCUAAAUUUUUUGUGUGAAAUAAUUUUUCAAUCAAUUGAAUAAUGAUGGAUGGCGUUUUUCUCUCGUUAAGUAGGUACCAUGGCCGUUAUUUGGAAUUGACUGAGUAUAAAAUGUUUCUUGUUUCGUGAUACUAUUCAUUCCGAAUCAUGAGUGAUAGCUUGAAACUAAUUGAAUCUGUAUUGGUAUAAAAAGCAGCUAAAUGUCAACAAAUACUGUGGCAUAUUUGUUAAAUUUUUGUCAACUUUCAGUGGAUUUAAAGCCUGUUAAAACCGCUGAGAACUGUUUUCAACUGUUAAUCUACAUCACUUCUUUAGAUCUAAUCAAUAAGUUGGUCAAAUGGUUGGUGUUUCUUCACCAUUCUCCUCUUUAGAGGUAAAUUCUUUUGGUAUGAAAAUUAUCACUGUGAAAAUAAAAACUAAGUAGAAUCAGUUUUCUCUCUAAACAUCACAUUGCCCAGAGGCAGAAAGACCUCAGUGAGGACUGACUAACACCAUGCUUCAAACUAGAAUGUCUUUUUGUAAUUUGAGAGACUGCCUACUUCCAACUUGCUUAGUCUCAUAGAUUUCACUCUAUUUACGCACAUUAAGGUUCUCCAAAACCCCAAUCAAGAACUUGGGUAUCACGUGGUAUAAACGUGAACCCGAACAUUAACCUUACUUGUUCCAUGGAUUGUAGUUUCAAAUUAUUGUAAUAAUUUUGUUUCCAACUAAUUUGCUGCUCUUCUUAUUAAUAUUGAAGAUGUGGAAAUGGAAAAACAUUGCAGUGUAUGGAACUGAACUGUGAUUUUUUUCAACCAUUCUGAAGUUUUAUCUUCCACUGCAUGAAAAAUGAACAAAUUUGUCGAACAGUACUGCUCAAUAAAUUCAAUCGUACCAAUUUUACUGAGAACUAAUGGCAGAUGUUAUGCAGAAUCUCUUGCAAGGAUCCCAUUUGAAGGCUAGAAGUUGAAUGUCCACUCUUAUAGAAGUGCCUAUGUAGUCACAGUAUCCUCUCUUUAGCUUGAUAUUUAUGCACCCGAGUUUUUUCAUUUCUUGGAGCGCACGAAAAGAAAUCUAUCAUAUUCGAGAAACAUCGUGCUUACUCAAGAAAUUGCACUCCACGUGGUUGAAAAACUUUCAAAGGAAGAAAUCCCACUGCCCUCUCUCAUCUCUGUUUUCAUCACAUACUAGAUUCAAUUUUAUCAACUGUCAAUACUGGCCGAAAAUAUUUAGCAGUUUGGUUGAGACUGGUGCCACUGUCGAAGAAUUCCAAAAUUAUUUACUGUGGCUACAUAGCAGAAAUAACAGGAUGUGAGUUGAGCAAGACUAUACGCAAUGAAGUAGGCGUCAUAAAUGAAUACUGUCAGUAGGUUAAUUGACGAGGUACUACAUUCAUUUUGCUUGCUAAUUUGUGAUUUCUCCUCGUUUCUAUUGAAUGAAAUUAUGAGUAUUUCAAUAUACGUGCAGUAGGACGAAUCCGAUUUGCCCCACAAUGUCACUGCGUUUGAAAAAUGUUUCUAUCAGAGAGCCUAGAACAUUUUUUUUAACGCAGUGAUAUUUUGGGACAAAUUAUCUGAUUUGUUCUACUAGACGUUACCGUAUAUUGAAAUAAUACCAAUAUUUUUAUUUUAUAAGAACGAGGAGAAAAUUCCAAAUAAUCAAGCAAAAUGUCAUGAAUAAAAUUUAGUUACUGUAUACAGGGUGUGAAAGAGUAACUGUCAUAUUUCAUGGAAAAAGUGCACAUGAAUAAUUUAUCCUUACUUUCUAAUGUUCAAUAUUUUCAUAAAAAAUAGUUGUUCUCAAUAACUAAUCAAAAAUAUUUCGUUCAAUUUUGAUGAUGCAACUAGGUGGAUUCGUGUACAGUAACAUAGAACAUUUUAGAUGAUUAGAUUCAUAGUAAUAUUUCCAGUGGCGUCGCAUUAAGUUACCUUAUUGAUAUUCAUGGUGAAUAUCAUUGUACGCCACUGGUUUUUUCAAGUUCAUAUUCUCAUUAACUGAAAUUUGGCAUCAUGAAAGCUUAUACAGGGAGAUCAUAAAAAAAUAACAAUCAAAAUGUCCAACUUGAACAUCCUAUAUCUCAAAAACGAAGCAUGAUUGGAAUUCUUUGUCAGAAGAAACAUUCACAAGAACUUAUAAGCUCCAAUCAAUGAAAAAAAUUCAAUACCUACCUUCCCUCCCAAUCGUCCUUAAGUACGCACAAUGUUCUUCAAACAUGUGGAUUCCUAUUCGUGCGUUCCAAGAGAUGAAAAAAACUUUUGGUCGAAAAUAAAUCAAGGAAUCAAUGAAUUUUUUUCACAUAUAUUCACACCCUGUAUAUUAUAAUUUCCUUCUUUUCCUUAUGGACAUCAGAUAUACCAAAUUAUACAAUAAAAGGUUAAUUUUACCAGUGUGUAGAUAACUGAAAUGGGGGUUCAACUUUGGUUCGAAAUUCAAUGGUGAUCCGACAACCAAGACUAUUUCAUUCAUCAAGACUAUUGUUUGGAAUAUAAGAAAUAUGAGUCUGAAGCCUUAUUGACUGGCAGAGCUCAUAAUUUCAUAGGCAUGGUUACACAAUUUCAACUUUCAGUUGAUUAUAUUUUUUAGUACUAUGCUUCAAACUUCAAAUUUCACAAUCUGUUGUAGAUGCUUGUUGAAAAUUGAUAAGUUUAUUUUUAUAGUUAUUAUGAAUAGUUGAUUUUUUUCUAAGAUAUUCAUCCACUACGCUAUGCUAUGAAUGUAUAAAACCAUAUGUAUUACUAUUAUUACCUACCAAAGAAAGAGUAGACCUUAUAAGGCAAUUUUGAAUUUAUUUAGUUGAAAACUAUUUCUCCUUAUAUUUAUUAUUAUUGUAUCAUUGUAUAAGUAUCAAAUGUAUGAAAUAUACAAGUAAAUAAAAUCAUCAAAUGAAAAACCAAUAGUUUAUUCAAUAACUUUCAACUUAUUUAUAACAACUGAAGGUGGAUUCAUGCAACAUCAACUAAAUUAUAAUGAAUUUAAGAUUUAAACGAAUUUUAAAUUAAAAAAAUAUGGGUGUUCAUGCAAUAACCUUUCAUCAGCUGUUUAUUCUUUUUCCAGCGCGGCUAGUUAUUAUUUGGCGCAUGCGUUGUCGUGAAUUAUGGAAGAAAUUAAUUUCUUAGUUGAAUGUUGGCCAUCUUUCUUAGUUUUAAUUUUUUAGUUUCUUGCAUGAGCACCUACAUUACAUUUCAUAGUUUUAUAUUAUUGGUUUAAGUUUAAAAUUCAUUUGUUUUAAAUUUUGCUUGCAUGAAUCCACCUUAAAUCACUACAAUCAACAUAAUCACCCAUGAUUAUAAAAUUUUGACAAAAAUAUGGUUUCUGGUGAUUUGCGCCUGAUAAUGUACCAGUUUUUACUACGAAAAAUACCUGUACAGAAUAGAGUGUGGAACUGUCAAGUGAAAUUAAGUCUACAGGUUGUUCAUCGAAUCGUAACAUAUAGUGAAUGUGAAUGGCAACAAGAUUCGACUAUCGCACGUCUUCGCUAUUCCUGUUGGAAUAUUCAAAACUGAAAUUCAUAAAACAGCGAACUGCUUAACGGUGAGCAUUGUUCUUCACAUCCUUUCUCAAUCUAUAUGUAACGAUUCGAUGAACAACCUGUAUAUCUCCCAAACCAAUAAUAGAGGUAUUUUAGAAAUUGGUCAAUAUUCAGAAAUUCGACACUGACUGGAAGUAAAAUGACGUUCACGGAUUUCCUGACUGUAGUGAACUGAUUAAUCACUUUAAUCUUUGUCAUAAAUUUCAGAUGAAAUAAUGGCUGGAGACAAAACAUAUUGCAAUAAAAUAAUUGAUGAUUACGGCUUCAAACAAAAUUACUGACUACAAUUUUCUAUAAAAAAGAUAAGAACUGAAUUAUCAUUGAUGAUUUCCUAACGAAUUGUUCGAGGAAUUUCGGGAGUCAGUCAAUAACGCAUUCAUUUUCUACCGAGAAUUACACAUCGAGAUGACCUACUAUCUAGACCGCUAAUGCCAAAGGAAUAGUUAAUCGAUUAGCGAGAUCGAACUGGAGAACAGGAAUCAUGUGCAUUCAGGACUUGUCAUAUAUCUUACCAACUUUUAGGUUUCCGAACACUUGAGUGAUACAAGUCGAUGUCAAGGAUCCUUCUGCGCCUCGAGCAGAACUCAGAUGCAGAAGCGGUUUCGGGCGAGAUAUGGAUAGCAGUCUAGAUAGUAGAUCGUUUCGGUGGAAUUAUACCACACUGAUGCAUAUUGAGGUUAUGCUUUUAUUCUGGUUUUCCUCUUCGAACAAUAAACCAAAGUUAGUAACAAACUUAUCAUAGCUAUUUUCACUUUAUUUUCAGCCAUACGUCACCAUGCACUCACCGACAAAGAAAACGGCAACCAAAAAAUUUGCCCAAAUUGUUCACCCCUUAUCUUUUUUAAUACUUGUCCGAUUUUUGUGAAAUUUCGAUUAAAUAGUUUAUUGUUUAUUGAAAAACUAGCUUCCAGUCAGAAAUAAAAUUCUGGUAUGAGGAAGUUGAUUACAAACAACAAUAAUAAAAUAAUAUAAGGUGACAACAACAACAACAAUAAUAUCUAAAAAAUCUAAAAAUGCUAAAUCGAUCAAGUCAUAAAAAUAGCCACAGGGACUAAUCAAUAGAUGGCAAAGUAUAAAUUUUAUUUAUUUCGUAAUGAAAUCAUGUAUUUUUUUAAUUCAAUUUUAAAUUUUGAAAUAUGUCUGCAAUUUUUUAUAUUAUGUGGUAAUUUAUUAAAUUCAGCUAGAGCAGCGUGAGUAAAUUUUCUUUGGCCAAUUAUAGAAGUAGCAGAAUCGAGAUGAAAUAAGUUUGAUUGUCUCGUGUGAUGACCAUGAAUUUCUGAGUUUCUUAUCAAAAUAAAAUUGGAUUUCAGAUUAUUGUUUUUUAUAUUAUAUGAAACAUUAAGAGAACCUAUUUUAUAUAAUUCACCCAAUGAAAAUUUUUCUGUUAUGGCAUACAGAUCAUUUGUUGGGAUAUCAAAUGAGAGGCGAUACAAUACUUUCAGUGCUUUCUUAUAAAGUGCAGAUAUUUUACUGAAAUAAUUUUUUGAACAAAUAGUAGAUCCAUGUUCCGGAAUAUUAGUUUCCGUGAAAAGAUGAUAACUUCUUCAUAUACAGGGAAAAUUUACUCUGUCGCCGUUUACUUCUUAGCACCCAGUGGCGAAAUUGAGUGGUUGAACUUGGUUUCAUCAUGUUCUGCAUUGAAGUGUGAUCUUUUCUGGACACAAUAGUUUUUGAUUCACGUCAUGAUCUUAUUUUUAAGAGAAGAUACGAGUGUUUUAAGUAUGGCAUUUUUCAAUUCUUAUUAACAAUAAUCAGAACCUACAUAUUAUUUAUUAACAAAUAAAGAAAUUAAUAUCACUUAUUUCUAUCUAAUUUUGUUAGCACUUACCGGAAAAAACCUUAAUUACAAUAUACAGACAAACAGCAGACCUGUAGUCAAUAACGAGUAUGACCUCCUCUAGUUUGAAUUACAGCAUUCAACUGCCGUGGCAUCGAGAUGAUCAAAUUUGUCGAGUACUCAUGAAGAAUUGCCGAAAGAAUUGCCUAGAUUUUCCUUGAAGGGCGAAUCAUAGCUCUUGAAGAGUCUCUGACAAGAUGCUCUAUUUAAUUUAAAAAUUCCAUACUUUCCAAAGCACUUGUAUCUUAUUGAAUUGAAUCUAGAACUAUUGUGUUAAGAUGGGACGAAAUAUGGUCUCACUUCAAAUAAAAACAUGAUGAAGCAGAAUGUUGAAAAAUGAUUCUGAAUUAUUGUUAAUAAAAAUUGAAAAAUCCAUACUUUCUUGAAACCCUUGUAUCUUCUCUCAAAAAGUGGCGAUCAACGUGAAUCAAAAACCAUUGUGUUAAAAAGGGAUCACACAACAAUCGAAAACAUGAUGAAGCUAAGUUUAACCACUCACCUUUGCCACAAGGUGUUAAGAAGUUGAGGGUGAAAGAGUAACUUUUGUUUUUCCCUGUAUAAUGAUCAAGCCAUUAGCUUCUCUUAUGUACUAAUAUUCAGGCCAACAUUCUGAAACAUAUACAAUUUGGUCGAAAUUUGACCAAAUUCGGACAAAAUUUAAAAAUGUUACAGGGCGAGCUAGGCUGAUCUUUUUGGUGACCGGUUUUUUUCAUAUACGUAUUAAUAAACAAUACGGAUCAUAACGGGUGCCAGGAUGAAGCCAAAAAUAUGAAACAAAUGAAUAUCCAUAAGGAUUUGGUGGCAUGAUACGCAUGCGCCAUGCGCUAUUAUAGUAGUCAUCAAAGACAUGCGUUUCGGUGGACAAUGACGUUUACUAGCCUUUCAAUCAAAGCAGUAUGUGUCUGAUCGUUUCAAAACUUUUCCUUAUGGAUAGUCAUUUGUCUUCAAAAAUCGGCUUCAUGUUUCGCUAUGGAAACAGAUAGAGAUUAUCCGUAUUGAUUAUUAAUACGUAUAUGUUUUUUUGCCGGUGAGUGUAGAUUAACGCCCCAAGAAUUACAAGUAUUGACUGAAUAAGUAUGCUGUAUGUUUUUGGUGAGGAAGGCAUUGUAUUUUUCAAUGGCACCCUGCUAUGCUUAUUUAAAGAACGCCUCAGCGUGUUUUAAUCCAACUUUCAAAAACGCGCGUUUUUAAAUUAAGUUACCACGGCAACACACGGCAAAUCGAUCCAAAUCAUUAUGCAUUACAAACGUAUGCCAUGGACAAUUGACGGCAUUUGAACGAAAAUCAAUUUGACACUUUCGUCAUCCUGAUUUAGUUGAUUUGUAUAUUGUGUAACUGCAUUUGAAAAUUUUGAUUAGAGGUAAGUUCGGAAUAUGAAGAAGCUCAUGAUAUCUUUGGGAUUCAAAAAGGAUAUUAUUGUUAUUUGUUUAUGAUAGUGAUAAAGACACUGAUUACUUGGAUUGCACAGAUUUUAUAAGUAUAUCAACGCCAAAGAAUAAUAAUAAUAAUAAUAAUUUGUCUUUAUUUGUCCUCACAAAAAAAAACAAUAAUACCGAGGGCAAAUGGGCGAAGUCUAGUCAUGACCAGACGAAUCCAGUCAAUUCCUACUCAAUGCAUGCUGAAACCAAUUUAUUUUACCUCCCACGAGUUUUUUUUUUCUGUGACGGG